AUGAACGCUUUGGUCGUCCUCGCUACCUUCGCCACUCUCGUGGGCCUUUCCCUGGCCGGUGGGCUUGUCGGCUACGGCUUGGGUAGCGGCUAUGGCGGCGGCUACGGCUUGGGAUACGGGGGCGGCUUGGGAUACGGGGGCGGCUUGGGCGGCGUCGGCCUCGGGGGUAGCGUGGUCCUCCUGAACGGCGGCCACGGCGGAUACGGCAAGGUGGUCGCCGGGCCGUCCUUCCUCGUCAAGACCGUGCACCACGUGAACAAGAUAAGCGGCGGGGGCGCCGUGGUCGCGCACAGCGGUCUCGGAGGCGGCUACGGAGGCGGUUACGGAGGAGGCUACUUAGUCGGCCCCGUGGUUGCGCCAGUGCUCGGCUACGGGGGAGGCUACGGCUACGGCGGAGGCUACGGCCACAAGGGAUGAGCGCAUGGACUCGGCUGAGCUCCAAAGAAAGAACGAUCGACGCCCAUCAAAGAGACAGGGGACUGAUGAUACAGCCAGCCCAGUGAUCUCGACACGUGAGCGCCACACAAUGGAUGAAAAAUCAAGUCAUUUUUUGUUUCUGAAGAAACGUCACC